AUAAACUUAAAGCUUCUUUAUGCAAAGGCAUGCACUUCCUAUCUCUGUCUGAUCGAUAUCAGUACACCACUGCACAAACAAACCUUUUUCAUCACCAGAACUUAUUACUACUGCAUCCAAUGAUCCCCUCAAUCACUCCAUUUAUAAACUACUUCUCUUCCUCACCUUGUCCCCUGCAACAACCAACAAAGUUCAAGUUUUUCUUCAUCUGAUCACUCACUCUAUAUAUCUAUAUCUUGCCAUGUCUCUCCUAUAUGUUUUCUUUGUUGUGUUGUUGCUCUCUCUUUCGAACUAUCCUUAUGUUGCCGCGAUUAACCAGACUCAGUUCUUCACUCUUGCGAAAAAGUCCCUCUCAGGGGACUCCUUGGCCUAUUGGGAUGUCACAGGAGCCAAAAAUGUUUGCAGCUACACCGGAAUUGGCUGCAACAAAAAAGGGUAUGUUGUGAAGAUUGAUGUCUCCGGAUGGUCACUGUCUGGCCGCUUUCCUGAAGAUGUAUGCUCUUACCUGCCUGAAUUGCGCGUUUUGAGACUCGGCCACAACAACUUCCAGGGCGGUUUUCCUGACAGCAUCACCAACUGCUCUCUGUUGGAAGAGCUUGACAUGAGUUUUUGCUAUCUGACAGGGUCACUGCCGGACUUUUCGCAAAUGACCUCUCUCAGGACACUUGAUAUGUCAUACAAUCUCUUCACAGGCGAGUUCCCUAUGUCGGUGACUAAUUUAACCAAUCUCGAGGUGCUGAAUUUCAAUGAAAAUGGUGAAUUCAACUUAUGGCAACUUCCUGAGAACAUUUCCGCAUUGACAAAGAUCAAAAUCAUGAUUUUGACAACUUGUAUGAUGCGCGGUCCAAUUCCAGCAUCGAUAGGAAACAUGACAUCUCUUGUUGAUCUUGAAUUGACCGGCAAUUUCCUAGUGGGGCAUAUUCCGGCAGAGCUUGGAUUGCUGAAGAACCUGCAAAAGCUUGAGCUUUACUACAAUCAGCUGGAUGGUGACAUACCUGAGGAGCUCGGGAAUCUGACAGAACUAACAGAGUUGGACAUGUCAGUUAACAAAUUGAGAGGAAAUGUGCCGGAGUCUAUAUGCCGCCUUCCCAAGCUUGAAGUUCUGCAGCUCUACAACAACAGCCUCAGUGGAGAGAUCCCAAGUGUGCUCGGAAACUCAACCACCUUGACCAUGCUAUCGCUCUACGACAAUCACUUGACAGGACAAGUCCCGCGAAAUCUAGGGGGAUCAUCACCUAUGAUAUUGUUCGACUUGUCAGAGAAUCAACUCUCUGGAGAGCUGCCUAGAGAGAUUUGCAAUGGAGGUAAAUUGAUCUACUUUCUUGUCUUGGAAAAUAUGUUUUCUGGAGAAUUGCCUGAGAGUUAUGGAAAGUGUGAGUCUCUUCUUAGGUUUCGAGUUAGUGAUAACAAUUUGGAGGGCUCAAUACCUGAAGGAAUUUUAGGCCUUCCCCAUGUUUCAAUCAUUGAUUUGGCUUACAAUCGAUUGAAUGGUCCGAUUGCCAAAGCAAUUGGAAAUGCUAAAAAUUUGUCAGAGCUUUUCAUACAGAACAACCAAAUUUCUGGUGUUUUGCCACCUGAAAUUUCUCAAGCUUUCAAUUUAGUGAAAAUUGAUCUUAGUAACAAUCUUCUCUCCGGUCCAAUACCAUCCGAAAUUGGCAACCUAAGGAACCUCAAUCUGUUGGGGCUGCAAGCUAACAAGUUUAAUUCUUCCAUCCCAACGUCACUUUCUUCACUGAAGUCUCUAAAUGUUCUUGAUCUUUCCAACAAUCUCUUGAUGGGAAGUAUCCCAGAAAGCCUCUGUGAAUUGUUACCAAACUCUAUGAACUUUUCGAACAAUCUGCUUUCUGGUCCUAUUCCUGCUUCAUUCAUAAAGGGAGGUUUGGUAGAAAGUUUUUCGGGAAAUCCAGGUCUCUGUGCUCCAGUCUAUCUUAAUUCAUCAGACUCAAAAUUCCCCAUGUGUUCACAAACUUAUAACAGAAAGAAAAUAAACUGCAUCUGGGUGAUUGGGGUUUCGGUGGGGAUUGUCAUUGUCGGAAUUGUGUUGCUUAUAAAGCGUUGGUUCAGUAAAGAAAGAGCCAUGAUGGACCAUGAGGAGACCUUGUCUUCUUCAUUUUGCUCAUAUGAUGUCAAAAGCUACCAUCGACUAAGUUUUGAUCAACGAGAGAUCGUCGAAGCCUUGGUUGAUAAGAACAUAGUGGGGCAUGGAGGGUCCGGGACAGUGUAUAAAAUCGAGUUGAGCAAUGGGGAAGUUGUUGCUGUGAAGAAGCUGUGGAGUCCAAAAACAAAAGAUUGUGCUUCAGAGGAUCAAUUGGUGUUAAACAAGGAGCUGAAAACCGAGGUUGAGACUCUGGGAAACAUUAGGCACAAGAACAUAGUGAAGUUGUAUUGCUACUUCUCGAAUUUGGAUUCCAGCUUGUUGGUCUAUGAGUACAUGCCAAAUGGAAACCUUUGGGAUGCACUUCACAGAGGAAAGGUCCUUCUGGAUUGGCCUACUCGCCAUAAGAUCGCGCUGGGGGUGGCACAGGGUUUGGCCUACCUCCACCAUGAUCUGUUGUCACCAAUCAUUCACCGAGAUAUCAAGUCGACCAACAUUCUACUGGACAUCAAUUACCAGCCAAAAGUUGCAGACUUCGGCAUAGCCAAAGUUCUGCAAGCAAGAGGAGGGAAAGAUUCCACUACCACUGUCAUUGCAGGGACUUAUGGUUACUUGGCCCCAGAAUAUGCAUACUCUUCAAAGGCAACAACCAAAUGUGACGUCUACAGUUUCGGGGUAGUCUUAAUGGAGCUAAUAACAGGGAAGAAGCCUGUGGAGGAAGAGUUUGGAGAGAACAAGAAUAUCAUCUAUUGGGUAUCAACCAAAGUUGAAACCAAAGAAGGAGCUAUGGAGGUUUUGGAUAAACAGGCAUCAGGGUCAUUCAAGGAUGAGAUGAUUAGGGUUCUCCGGAUUGCCAUUGCAUGCACAUGUCGAACCCCUACCCUUCGCCCAACUAUGAAUGAGGUUGUACAGUUGCUGACUGAGGCCGACCCCUCCAGAUUCGAUUCUUGCAAGUUGUCGAAUAAGACCAAAGAAACAGAAAAUGUCACUAAAACAAAGAAUCCACAUGAUUCAUGAUAGAGUAGGGUUUUGGUGGGGUUUAAGGUGAAGUCAUAUAGCAUCUAUACAACAGUACUGCCUCUCAAAAUAUUGAGAGAUACUAUUCAUAAGGCGUAGCUUAGCCUCUUUUUUGUUUUUCCUAAGAAAAGCAGUACAUAGAUUCUGUGUUGUUUUUUUUUUUCUCUUCCUUGGCCUAUUGUAAGUAUUUGAGGCAUAUAAUUAAUACUACUGCUUUAUCGAAACGCACAGCAUCUAUGUUUGCGUAGCCCCACAGAGCAAAUUAUUCUGUAGCUUUUAAGAAAUCUGUUUCUUUGCUCUUUAUGUCACGAGAGUAAUCCAAAGGAAAAGAGGCUCAAAUGGUGAGAGUGGAAGGAUGUGAUUCACGGGGCGGACUUCUUUUUUGCAUCAAAGUGGGAUUCUGAUUCCGGAUUUUAAAAUUGUGUAUGAUUUGCUGGUGGAGGGACCUCUUCAGCUUACCUAUCCAUUGGAAAAAGAUGAAUGGGGAUGAUUGAUGGUGAGCAUCUUUGUCUCCAUUGAAGCCAGGGACACUCGAGAAAGCAUAAUAAUGGCCUCUUUUUAUCUUUCUUCUGUUCCCUCCUCUUUUUUUUGUGAGUUUGAUUGAUUUGUUUGGGAAUGGAAGUGCAAAUAAGGAGGAUGAAUAAGCACCAAGCUUGUUUCACCAUAGAUAGUGUGUGCCCAUGAACUCCACUUACUAGUUGAAUGCUCUCUUUUUCUGUUUUUUCUUUUUUUAUCAAGUGUAUUGAAGCAUAUAUCUUCUAAAAAUUAAUAUAAUAUUUUUGUGGUCUUAUAGUA